GUUGUGCUUUCUAUCGGUGCCUGGUCACACUGGCCAUUAUGCAUGCACUUCGUAAUUUUGCCGGCAAUGGAAUAGCAAAUGCAAUUGGCUGCGGAUUCAGACGCCGGCUCAGCUAUGUCCUGGGCAUCGAGACCUCCUGCGACGACACGGGCAUCGCCAUCGUGGACACCACGGGCCGAGUGAGGGCCAAUGUGCUGGAGUCGCAACAGGAGUUCCACACCCGCUAUGGAGGCAUCAUCCCGCCCAGGGCCCAGGACCUUCACCGCGCCCGCAUCGAGUCCGCCUACCAGCGCUGCCUGGAGGAGGCGCAAUUGAAGCCGGAGCAACUGACGGCCAUCGCGGUGACCACGCGUCCCGGACUGCCGCUGAGCUUGCUGGUGGGCGUGCGCUUUGCACGGCACCUGGCCCGUCGCCUGCAGAAGCCCCUGCUGCCCGUUCACCACAUGGAGGCCCACGCGCUGCAGGCCCGCAUGGAACAUCCGGAGCAGAUUGGCUUCCCCUUCCUCUGCUUGCUGGCCAGCGGCGGUCACUGUCAGUUGGUGGUGGUUAACGGUCCCGGUCGCCUAACGCUUCUUGGUCAAACACUGGAUGAUGCGCCCGGCGAGGCGUUUGACAAGAUUGGACGGCGACUACGCCUGCACAUUCUGCCGGAGUACCGCUUGUGGAACGGAGGACGGGCCAUUGAGCAUGCCGCCCAGCUGGCCAGCGAUCCGCUGGCCUACGAGUUUCCGCUGCCACUCGCCCAGCAGCGGAACUGCAACUUCAGCUUCGCGGGCAUCAAGAACAACUCUUUCCGCGCCAUCCGCGCGCGAGAGCGGGCAGAGCGGACGCCUCCGGACGGAGUCAUCAGCAACUACGGCGACUUCUGCGCCGGCCUGCUGCGCGCUGUCAGCCGGCACCUGAUGCACCGCACCCAGCGGGCAAUUGAGUACUGCCUCCUGCCGCACAUGCAGCUCUUCGGUGACACCACGCCCACACUGGUCAUGUCCGGCGGUGUGGCCAACAACGAUGCCAUAUACGCCAACAUCGCACACCUGGCCGCGCAAUACGGCUGCAGGAGCUUCCGGCCAUCGAAGCGGUACUGCUCCGACAACGGCGUCAUGAUCGCCUGGCACGGCGUGGAGCAACUGCUGCAGGAUAAAGAGGCCAGCAUGCGCUUCGACUACGACCGCAUUGAUAUCCAGGGCAGCGCGGGAUUCGCCGAGUCGCACGAGGAAGCUGUCGCUGCGGCGGCACUGAAAUGCAAGUGGAUACAGCCACUGGUUUGAUCACUAGCCCCUCUUGUUUUUUAUACAUUCUUACAAAGAGCUAUAGUAUAGUAAUAAAUGAAUCCUCCUUGUUCAUUGUUGAAUCUUAUACAAAUAUUCCUGCUUGCUUAGAGCCAACUUUCUAGCUCUGGUGGCUUCCGAGAUCUCGACGUUUAUACGGACAUGGCUAGAUAAUCGAAACAUAGUUUAUGGGAAUGGAAAAUCUUUCCCUCCACCUGUUGGCUACUUUUCCAGGAACGCAAUAAGCCCUGCAGGUAACUGAUAUGACGACAGCUCUUUAUCUCGAAUCGAUAUAGAAAUAAACACCCACAAGUGACUGUGCCAUUCCUCGCCGAUUUCUGGAUGGUAUAUGGUAUAAAUGUUUAUGGAUAAAAGUGCAUUCGCUUGUGCAUCUUGGAGGGGAGGAAUGACCCCUGGUUUUCAUUUCAGGCAAGACAGUGAAGGGUUUCGUUUUGGAUUUCGUUUUAUUAUAAGAUAUUAUCUGAAAUCAAUAAUGUUAAAUCACUAAGGUCUAGAAAAAAAAUGUAAAAAUUGAUAAUGUAUACAUAUAAAAAUAUUAAAAAAUGCAUUAGUUCGUAUUUUCCUUUCA